AGGGAUACAAUACUAAAAUGUUAAUAAUCCACUUUUGUUUUUAAUUCAAGCUGGUCCAUCACUUUCAACUCAGCUGUAAAAAGGUGGGGUAUUCAUCGAUCUCACUCAAAACAGGACUUGAAUACACCUCUUUACUCAUCUCUGCUGGACAUUUGAGGAAUAACACCCUGAAAACCAGAGACGAUGAACAAGCAGAUAUAUCUCCACUACAACUACACAGGGAAGCUGGAUAACCGUCAGAAUGGAAAAAUCACAGGUGGUGGCGUCACCUUGGAUGCUAAAACCAUCGUGUUCCUCAUCAUCUGUAGCUUCAUAGUCCUGGAGAACCUGAUUGUUCUAGUAGCAAUAUGGAAAAACCACAAGUUCCACAACCGCAUGUACUUCUUCAUAGCCAACCUGGCGUUGUGUGACCUUCUGGCUGGGGUAGCUUAUAUCGUCAACCUCCUCAUGUCAGGGGAGAAGACCCUUCACCUGUCCCCAGUGUUGUGGUUUGUGAGGGAAGGGAGUAUGUUUGUGGCCCUGGGGGCUUCCACAUUCAGUCUCCUGGCUAUAGCCAUAGAGAGACAUCUGACCAUGAUUAAAAUGAGGCCCUACGACACCAAUAAGAAUUACAGGGUGUUCUUGCUCAUAGGGACCUGCUGGCUCAUAGCUAUAUCCCUGGGAGCGUUGCCCAUCCUGGGGUGGAACUGCUUGGACAACCUCCCUGACUGCUCCACGGUCCUACCACUCUAUACCAAGAAGUACGUGGCCUUCUGCAUCAUCAUCUUCAUGGCCUUACUGCUGGCCAUGUCCAUCCUGUACAUACGCAUCUACAUGUUGGUGAGGACCAGCAGUCGCAAGGUGACGAAACAUUCUAACUCGGAGCACUCUAUGACCCUCCUCCGUACCGUCAUCAUCGUGGUCGGCGUCUUCAUCGCCUGCUGGAUGCCCAUCUUCGUCCUCCUCCUCAUCGAUGUGGCCUGCGAGCACCGCUGCUGCACCAUCCUCUACAAGGCCGACUACUUCAUAGCCUUGGCCGUGCUCAAUUCUGCCAUGAACCCCGUUAUCUAUACCCUGGCCAGCAGGGAGAUGAGGAGAGCCUUCUUUAGCUUGGUCUGUGGCUGUCUGAUGAAGGGGAAGGUCUCCAGCAGUGGUGAACCCAAUAAGCCCAGUAACCUGGAGCACAGCAGGAGCGCAGCAGGAGCACAGCAGGAGCACAGCAGGAGCGCAUCAGGAGCGCAACAGGAGCACAGCAGGAGCGCAGCAGGAGCGCAGCAGGAGCAGAGCAGGAGCGCAGCAGGAGCGCAGCAGGAGCAGAGCAGGAGCGCAGCAGGAGCGCAGCAGGAGCACAGCAGGAGCACAGCCUAUAAUAAUCCUAACAACCACAGCAGGGCAGAUGAGCAGCAGAAGGACAGGGACAGAGGUGUGAAUAUUAUAGUGGCACAGACCUCGAUAAAGUGUCCGACAUCAUCGUGUGCCAAUGGGGCCAUUGGAGAGGAGGGUUGA